AUGCCGGCCCAUCACCAGAAACCGGCCCCCCUCGCGCCGGCAUCGCCUCGAAACACUGCCAAAUACACUAACAAGGACGGCUCCAAGUUCAUCACCGUUCCCAAGGCCAGCCCGUCAGACUCGUCCCGGCCCUCGACGCCCACCAUCGCCAAAUCCAACAAGGCCCCGCCGCCCGCGGACUCGACAGGCCUCGACACGUCGGCGCCUACGGUAAAUCGCAAGAAGCAGAAGCGGCGGCAAAAGGCUGCGGCCAAGGCGGCCGCUGCGCAGGCUGCCAAUGGCCAUCCCAGCCCCGCUCUCAGCUCCGACAAGCAGAUGCCCGCGGACUAUGAGCUUGUCGCAAGUGAUGAGGAUGAUGACGUUUAUGAUCUAGCUGACGACGCGGAGCCUAUGCCGACGACGAAUGGCCACAUCAUAGAUCCUAAAGCUAAUAAAAAGAACAAGAAAAAGAAGAAAAAGACCGGUCCCGGUGUUCACGCCGAGGAGAUGGAUCUGGCACAACAUCCGACUCCGGCGCCGCGUGGCUCUGGAAUGUCUAGGGAUAAGAUAUGGAGUACUAGCAAUCACGAGGAGCGCGAGCGUAUCAAGGAGUUCUGGCUUGGCCUGGGCGAGGAUGACCGGAAAUCCUUGGUCAAGGUGGAAAAGGACGCCGUACUAAAGAAGAUGAAGGAGCAGCAGAAGCAUACCUGUAGCUGUACCGUCUGCGGGAGGAAGCGCACUGCCAUCGAGGAGGAACUGGAAGGUCUGUAUGAUGCAUACUAUCUCGAGCUCGAGCAGUUUGCAAAUCAAGGAGAGGGCCCCCCAAUGCUACCCCCUCCUCCCCGAGACUUUUCGAUCCGCCAAACGCGAGGUUUGCCCGGAGGAUACCCCCGGCCUCCCCCAGCUCGCGGUCGAAUAGUGGAGCACGUGGGCGACGAUGACGAAGAGUUAGAAGAAGCAUACAGUGAAGACGAAGCGGAGGACGACGAGUAUAGCGACGACGAACCUCCCGAAGAAUUUCACGGCUCUCCUGACCGAGACGUAGCUGAUUUCUUGACGUUUGGUAACAGUCUCCAAGUCAAGGGCGGCAUUCUCACCGUAGCGGAUGACCUACUCAAAAACGACGGCAGGCGCUUCAUCGAAAUGAUGGAGCAACUUGCAGAACGUCGAAUGGCCCGAGAAGAGGACGCGCGAGAGCACUUCGCUCGCGGCUACGGUCAUCCCAACGGCUCAUACUCCGCUCCUCACAACCAUCCUCCUCCUGAAGACGAAGACUACGAGGACGAAGAAGAGGAGGAGGAAGAGGACUACGACGAUAGUCAAGAUGAGGAGUAUGAGGAUGAAGAGGACCCGAUGACAGAAGAGCAGCGAAUGGAAGAAGGCCGACGCAUGUUCCAGAUAUUCGCCGCCCGCAUGUUCGAACAACGAGUACUAUCCGCGUACAAAGAGAAAGUGGCCAAGGAGCGUCAAGAAAAGCUACUAGAAGAGCUGGAGGAGGAAAGCCGAGCGGUAGACGAGCAAAAGGCGAAAAAGGCAAAGAAUGCUCAAAAGAAGAAGGACAAGGCGGCCCAAAGGAAGCAAGCGCUUGCGGACGAGAAGGCUCGAAAAGAAGCCGAGAAGGCCGCCGAGGAAACCGCCCGAAUCGAAGCCGAGAGGAAGAAGAUUGCUGAGCAGAAACAGAAAGCCGAAGAGAAACGCAAGCAGAAGGAAGCCCAAAAGAAGGCCGAGGAGGACGCGCGGCUAAAGAAGGAGGCUGAACGACUGCGGCGGAUCCACGAGCAGAAAGAGAAGCAAGCCGAAGUGGAACGAAAAGCGCGCGAGGCUAAAGAGCGAGAAAAGAAGCUCAAGGAUGAGCAACGCACCAAAGAGCGGGAGGCCCGAGAGCAGAAAGAGCGAGAGGCUCAGGAGCGUAAGGAGAAACAGGAACGCGACAAGCGAGAAAAGGAGGCCAGAGCUGCAAAGUCCCAGAAGGAGUCUCGAGAGGCCGCAGAGGCUGCCAGAGAAGAACAGCUGCAACGAGCCAAGGAAGAAAAGGCUGCGCCAAAGGUUUCCUCUGUUCAGAUAGCCCAGACUCAACCCUCACAGCCUGCCAAGCUCUUGCCUCAACAUCCUCCUAAUCCAGCAAGCUUCAUUUCGCCAAAGAUUCCCGUAGCAACUCCGGCAAUCCCCAAGGCACCAACUCCCAUACGGCCGAGGACGACAUCUCAGCAACACGGGACCGGGCCGGCAAGCUCAUCUGACUCGCAGACAGCAUCCGUUCCCAGCCAGAGCGCAUCACCACAUUCUGUCACGCCAGUGUAUACCAGCCCGAGUUCGACUGGGCCCGAGAGGAGAAUCAGCGCAGGCACUCCGCUACCCAUGAUGAACAUGCAGCCUCCUCCAGGGCUGGGUCCCCAUGGGCCUCCACCCCCGCCCGGGUUUCGACCGAAUCCUGGUCAUAAUAUGAUGAUUCCGCCGCCUGGUAUUAACAGCUCUGCGGUUCGCGGCUAUCCACCCGUCACAAUGCCCCCUCCCGGAGACGGUCCUGUCAUGACACACGGGCGCCAAGGUUCCAUUGGAUUCGAGAGCGCGCCCGGUACUCCUGGACAGCCGAUUGGACGACCAGCACCGAUAGGACGUCCUGGCAGCGUCAGUCAUGGAUAUUCGCGUGACAAGGAGGAGGACACGCAGCAUCUCGGAAGCCGUGUUCUUGUUGAAGACGAUGAGCCAUUGGGUGCAGAUGCUGGUGUUGGCGGCAUGCGUCAUCAACCACUAGGACCCCGAGGCGGCUUUGCUGCAGGCCCUUUUAUCGACUCCGGAUUUCCAAUGGGCCACAACCCUUGGGGUCCCAUCAACAGCCCUCCGCAGCCUUUCCCUCCCGCUACGGCCCAGCAGCCAUUUGCUCUACCGACAUUUGGCAAUCCAGGCUGGGGUCCUCCAAGCGGCCCACCAGGAUUUCAUGUUGGAUCUCCGAGCGGAUUGGGAUCCAUUCGCGCCCAGCCUCGCCACGUAACAGUGCGCCUGCUACUCUCACAGGCGUGCAAAGAGUUGACAAAUUCGACCACUGCCGACAAGGAUGGUUACGUUGAUCUGGUAGACAUCAAGGGACAUGUCAGUCUGGUGUCUGGUGACCCCAGCAUCUCGGAACAAGACCUGUUAAACCUUUGCGAUACUGUCGGCAGUCUGUCAAAUGGUGGGGGGUCCUUUGAUGUGAAGCAAGAUGCUAUGGGGCUCAAGAAGAUACGAUGGGUUCCUGACACGGACGAGGGGCUAAAUCCUCAUUUUCGGGCAGUCGGAGCUCCCGAUCUCGAAAAGAUGCAGCACAUGGGAACUGAAGAGAGCCCUUCUAGGCGGAUGAACCUAUUGGAACGGAUCGGUGUCACCCCGCCGUCUGCUACGGCUGAGUCCCGGGCACUUCGCAUUGCGAUGGGCAUGAAUACUACGGAUACUGCGCAGGCGUCGACAAAUACACAUACGCACAGAGACGACGCUUCUCUCUGGGAGAACAAUCAGAGUACUAUGAGAGGAACGCACAAAAAGGGUAUCAGCGAAAACAUUACAUACAGCGGCUAUCAUGGGAAUGCUACGGAUGAAAGCAGUAAAGUGGACACCUGGGUCGGCUUUUACAACCCCCGCAAGAAUGGGAGAAGAUCUUUGGGCCCUUGA